UCGUGGCCCUUUCUUGUCCCGGUCAACACGAAGCAGUUCCCUACGUACAAAAAGAUCAUCAAAAAUCCCAUGGACUUGCAAACGAUCCGGAAGCGUCUGGAUUCCACGUACAAGUCGAGGGAGGAUUUCGUGGUGGACGUGCGUCAAAUCUUCGACAACUGUGAGAUUUUCAACGAGGACGACUCGCCCGUCGGGAAAGCCGGUCACAACAUGCGCACGUAUUUCGAGUCGCGUUGGGCGGAAGUCACGGGCGCGGUCGAGCGGGGAGAGGAGAGACAAGGAGGAGGAGGUAGAAGAAGAAGAGCAUACCCUUUCCUGGUUUUCGUUUUUCUUUGUCGUAGUCGAUGUCCUUGCAACUCGAAAAAGAAAAAAGAGAAGCUGACACACACACACACGCACGCAUCCACCGUUGGUCGUGACAGUGGGAUCUCUGAUUCUUGA